AUGGGCUUCAACAACGUCAUCUCCAAGCUCAAGCCUGAGCCUGAGUCGAAGUUCUCUUCGCAGGCACCCACCCCGGCGCGUGCGGACUCGACCGUGGAGAAGGAUGAGAUCACCCUCGAUGACAGCCCGGUCAAGUACUUGACCUGGCGGUCAUUUAUUCUUGGCCUGUGUGUUUCGAUGGGUGGUUUCAUCUUCGGAUACUCGACUGGUCAAAUCUCGGGUUUCACUACCAUGGAAGACUUCAAGAACCGCUUUGCCGAGUACGACCAUGCUACGGGCAAGCACGCGUUUAGCAACGUCCGCAACGGCCUUAUUGUCGGUUUGCUGUCAAUCGGAACCAUGAUCGGAGCCCUGGUGGCUGCGCCAAUUGCGGACCGCAUCGGCCGCAAGCUCUCGAUUUCCUUCUGGGCACUCCUGCACAUCGUCGGCAUCAUCGUGCAGAUCGCCACGGAUGACAAGUGGUACCAGGUCGCCAUGGGCCGGUGGGUGGCUGGUCUGGGCGUGGGCGCGCUGUCGAGCGUGGUGCCCAUGUACCAGAGCGAGUCGGCACCGCGCCAGGUGCGUGGCGCCAUGGUCAGCGCGUUCCAGCUAUUCGUCGCCUUCGGCAUCUUCAUCUCGUACCUGAUCAACUAUGGCACCGAGAGCAUCAAGUCCACUGCCUCGUGGCGCAUCACCAUGGGUAUUGGCUUUGCCUGGCCCCUGAUCCUGGGUGUUGGCACUCUUUUCCUGCCCGAGUCCCCCCGCUACGCAUACCGCCAUGGCCGUGUCGAUGAGGCCCGCCAGGUGAUGAGCAAGCUCUAUGGUGUUCCUACCAACCACCGCGUUGUCGCCCAGGAAAUGCAGGAUAUGAAGCAGAAGCUUGAGGAGGAGCUCGCUGCUGGCUCGGCUCCCUGGCAUGAGAUCCUUACUGGCCCGCGCAUGUUCUACCGCACUCUCCUGGGCAUUACCCUGCAGUCUCUGCAGCAGCUGACCGGUGCCAACUUCAUCUUCUACUACGGCACGAGUAUCUUUCAAGGCGUGGGUCUGAGCAACCCAUACGUGACCUCGAUCAUUUUGGGUGCCGUCAACUUCGGCAUGACCAUCCCGGGCUUGUACGUGGUGGAGCACUACGGACGUCGCAACUGCCUGAUGGUGGGCGCCGCCUGGAUGUUCAUCUGCUUCAUGAUCUGGGCGUCGGUGGGACACGAGGUUCUGAACUCGGACCCGAGCUCGCACCCGGCAGGCAUCGCCAUGAUCGUCUUCACCUGCUUCUUCAUUGUCGGAUUCGCGACCACCUGGGGUCCCAUCGUGUGGGCGAUCUGCGGUGAGAUGUACCCCUUCCGCUACCGCGCCGUGUGCAUGGGCGUUGCGACGGCGGCCAACUGGACGUGGAACUUCCUCAUCUCGUUCUUCACCCCGUUCAUCUCGAGCUCCAUCGACUUCCGCUACGGCUAUGUGUUCGCCGCGUGCUGCUUCGCCGCCGUCCUCAUUGUCUUCUUCUUCGUCAACGAGACUCAGGGCCGCACCCUCGAGGAGGUCGACACCAUGUACGUCCUGCACGUCAAGCCCUGGAAGAGCGCCGGCUGGGUCCCCCCGGAAGGCAUCGUUGCCGACAUGCACGCCCCGACCACCGAGUCGCCCAAGGAGGGCGAGCAGGGCCAGCACCAGCACCACGAGCCGGCUGAAAUCCAGGAGCAGUGA